UUCCCAUGCGCAUGAACGCAUGGAAGUUAGGAGACUCAACACACCCAGAAUGCAAGCCUGUCAGUUGACAGUGAGUUAUCUGCGCAAAUAACAUUGACCUGUGGCUUCAUCCAAUUGAAAGCUGCCUAUGUCAGUGGUGAAAUUGUGCACAUCCCUCGGAUCUAAGCAAGCCGUAAGCGAACACUAGGCUUACCCUUACCUGAUGGUAGACCUGGAUGAUAUGGAUACGGCAGAAAAAUAUGUUUAGCCCGUUAUUUAGGCUACUCGCCGCCGCAUCAGGCACGCAUUAGGGUGGGUUCAGAUUAAGUAGAGGUUAUCUGGGCAUGUGCGUCACUGUUCACCGAAGACCGUACAGGGUUAACUUUUCUCUCCUCGACUCCUUGCGCUUAUCCUCUCAUAAUGAGAUAUGCCUGCCAGCCAUACAGUAAGCCAGGCGGAUCCUUGUUCAGCGCAGACAACGAAAUGCCGUUUAUUUAAAAGACAGGAGGUCGUUGUCGACAGCCAGUAUCUGUUCAAAGCGUUGCUAUAAUGGACCGCUGUAACCUAAUUGUGAACGUCUUCGGUGACAGUCGAAAUGACCUUGAUACAGGGGAGGCCUGUUUGGAUCUGUCUACCGAUAUGCGAGGAUGCUCGGCUCAUUCAGUUUAAACUAUGUGGAUAACGCUUUGACAUGGACCGCUAGAUUUUCAUCGAUUUUAUCAGGUGAGAAUGGGACAGUCGUUAUAUUAGGCUACUCGAAGUAUUUCUCUAACCAGUGGAAUAUAGCCUAUUAUCCCCGUACUUCGAGGCUGAAUUAUCUCAGCUGUGAACCAUGUGUUAGCUUUCUGGAUUAGUCAUGGCCAUCAUACGUUUAUUCAAAGACACUGUGUGAUAUAAUAGGUUCUUGAUUUACAGUGGAAAAAUAACCUUAUUUCGCUGACAUCAUGGCCGAUCAGAGCAGUAUUCAGUCUGCUGCCUCGAAAAGUAUACGCCCAUUUAAAUCAAGUGAGGAAUAUCUGUAUGCCAUGAAGGAAGAUCUAGCUGAGUGGCUGAACAUGCUGUACGACUUGGACAUAUCUGCAGAAACAUUUAUGGAGAGCUUGGAGACUGGUUGUGCUCUCUGCCGUCAUGCCAACAACGUAAACCGUGCAGCGCUAGAUUUUGUAUCGUCCUUUCCAAAGACGGCACUACGGAUGCCAAAGAAAGAUGUGGUUUUCCAGUGUCGUAACGUCAUACCAGGCUCAUUCUUGGCCCGGGACAACGUGUCAAACUUCAUCGGAUGGUGUCGUCAAGAACUGGGGAUCAAAGACGUGCUCAUGUUUGAAACCAAUGAUUUGGUUGAGAGGUGUAACGAAAAGAAUUUUGUGUUAUGUUUACUGGAAGUUGCGCGCCGCGGUGCCAAAUUUGGAAUGCUAGCCCCUAUGCUGAUUCAGCUCGAAGAGGAGAUAGAAGAGGAGAUUCGGGACCAAGAGAAUUUAAGGGAGCAGAGUCAAGAGAAUUUAAGGGAGCAGAGUCCACCUAGGAAAACUGUGAGUCGAAAGGACAGUGUUGAAGACCCACACCCACCUUUGUUGGAUCAGUGGCAUCAGAAGAGAGUGCUGUGUGAUAUGCGCAACUUGGACGAGCUGGUCCGUGAGAUUUUGGGUCAGUGUUCUUGUCCUGCCCAAUUCCCCAUGAGCAAAGUUUCAGAGGGGAAAUAUAAAGUUGGUGAUUCCAGUGCUUUGAUCUUCAUUAGGGUCCUGCGUUCUCAUGUGAUGGUUCGUGUGGGGGGAGGCUGGGACACAUUAGAGCACUACCUGGAUAAACAUGAUCCUUGCCGCUGCACUGCUUUUGCUCACCGCUAUCAGCAAGCUAAAGCUAGUGGUCAGGGUUCCCACAGCAAGUCCUCUAGUGCCCACUCUUCACGCUCCACUAGCCCUGGGCCUCACUGGCGUAAUGAAAGUAUUGCCUCUAGGACUUCUGAGCGACAACCCUUGGAUCCCUCUGGAACCUCCUCAUCUCCUUGUCGACAGGGCCGCUCCCACCGUCCGACCAUUUUUACAGAGAGGGAAUUCAGUACAGGCUGUACACCCACACUCUUGUCACGGCCAAACCGGGACCAUUCAGAACCUCGACACUUCAAGCCUUUCAGGAAUAAAGAAUCAUUAGUGCCAGUGACACGCAGGUUAUCUGGUGGCAGUGACUCAUCAACAACGUCUUCCAAAGGCAGUCUACAGCGUGCAGGUGGAGAAGAAAUGCUUUUGCUUGUCAAUCGCAAGGAGGGACGGCAUGUGGUUGAAAGGGUUGGUGGACAGGAUGAGUUUGCUAUUCCGCAACCUCCUCAGGCACGUACAAGAAACAUUUCUCGAGACCGCCCCACACGGAAAUCCCAAUCUCCCCGUCGACACAGUCCACUUCAUGUGUACUCAGACGGCCAUCAAACCACACCUUCUGAACAGAAUCAUUCUCAGUUGCCUGAGAGUCCAUGUCAUCUCCAGACCACUCACUCUCCUUGUCAAGAUAAGAUGUUGUCCUCCCGUAGUUGCACUAGUGACAGAAGCCCAGGUGCCUCCUCCCAACAGCAAAACACCCAGCCCUACUUUUCAAACUGUGUGGAGGAUUUGCAUGCUAAGCAAACGACUUCUAUGUGUGGUAGAGGUAACUCCUGGAGACAGAUCUCCACUACUGCCUCCACUUCCCCAGUUAAAGGAGCUUCCUGUAAUAGGAGUGGAAGCCCUGCAAAGAAAGGGUUGGUGACACCUCGUCCUCCAUCACAGACACAAUCUAAUGGCAAGGGUAAACUGCUGCCCCCUGUGUCACAGCCGGGACGACAUUCUCCACAGCCCUCUUAUCGCUCUUCCCAUCACCACAAUCAUCCUCCAAGAUCCCCACGUUCCCAAAACUCUCGUACAUCUUCACGCACCCAGAGAAGUAGAUCUAACCCAAGGCCCUCUUUUCGGACUGAAACCCAAGAUGAGCCAUCAGGGCAGGGUUUCAGUUUACAAAAUUUACCCAGUUUAGAUCCCCAGAAGGAAGAAGACAUGUAUCGCAGCUUUGAGGCAGAGUAUCUGGCCAACACUCACCAACAACUGGCCAGGAAGGACAUGCUUCCAAUUUCCCAACAGUUAAAAGAGCAGCACUUUACCCUGUGUGUGCUUCCUACACCAACCACAGGGGAUUUGAAUGUGACAGAUUCAGCCUACUCCUCCUCUUGUUCCUCCAUUUCUUCGAUAAAUGUUGGGGGGAAACCGUUUGGACUAUUUCCAGACCUUAAAGAGGUGAAAAAGACUAAACAACAGCCGUGUAUCCUGAAUGAUCCAACCACCUUUUCUCAGAACCAGACCUCGGAAAUGCAAUCUGUCAGCAGACAAUGGAGUGACUGUGACAGAGGUCUAAAGAGAUUGCCUGCAAUUUCCAGUUUAAUGGAAGAUUGUGAGGUGGGUUUGAAUCACUCCCAGCAGCAGUCACACCCAGCACUUGUAUCUAGACCACAGAAUGGGUCCUCUGGUCUGUACAACAGGCCAAAUGAGAUUUUGUUGAAUGGACAGCCAGACACAUUUAACCAUAGGGAUGUGGAAGCAGAUGUCUCUCGAGAGGAAUUCACUGCAGACAUGCCUUAUGAUUUGGACCACAACUCAAAUAAUGAUCUUUCACUUCUAACUUGCCCCUUGCCUGUUCCACCACUCAGUGAUGAUUCCUUGUUACAGAACUCCUGUGAGAGCUCAUCCAUGUGCUUCAAUGCACCACUCUCAGAUGACAUCCCUUCCCCAUCCCACUCCCUUACCAAUGGUGACAUGGAGAAUGCCUCAGCUUUGCGGGCCAAGAGGGGGCAGAAGAAGACUGAGUGGAUGCCCUCCGUUUAUAAAAUGAAGCUGAGACCACGAAUCCGGCCACGUACGGACAACCGGCCAGAAAAUAGUCCAUCUCGCAUUCCUACCCCUAUUGCCAGAGAUACACAACAACAGCAGCAUGAAACUAGCCUGCCCCCUUUGCACACUUCAUCGGAGUCUCCUCACUUCUCCUAUUCCAAUGACUAUCCAUCAUCUAGAAAUGUUCUCCACCAAGCUAUCACAGACCUUCUUCAUCCUCAGUCCUGCUCUCCGAGUAUGGGCCCAAAGGACUGCUCGUAUUCCCCUCCAUCCAACUUGGACACAGAAGCAUGUAUGUAACAGAAUUAGUUGAAGGAAAUAAGGAAGGAUGAUUGUUGGCUUUUGUAAACUUAACUUUGCUUGGGCUGGUGUCCAGGGUCUACUCUGUUAGGAGAACAGAAGACAUGAAAUAAACUGUGUCAGUUUCUGAAUGGAACGUAUUGUAUUUUAGCAUCAGGAAAAUUACAUGGUGCAUUAUGAUGAGUUGUUUGAAACCUUAAGAGUUGCCCAAUUAAAAAAAGCAACAAGCACUUUUGACAGCCAUGGAUUUGUUUGAACAAAGGAUUGUUUUCAGGGUGUCAAACGACCAGGUGUUGGCUAACAUUAAUUGAUUUGUUUUGUAUUGUUAUUCCAUCAUUUACUUUAUGAUUGAGUAAAAAAAAAUACUAUUAUUGCACAAUACAUGUCAUAUGCCCUGUUGGGUCUCACACAUUUAAAGCCAAACUUUAUUAUUAUCAUAAUUGUGGCUGUUGCCUUGUUCAUGGUGCAGCAUAUACAAUAGUGCUUGUUGGCAAAAAGUGCAAUAUUUAUAGACUGACAGUGACCAUAAUGACCAAUUCCUUUUCUGAAGGAGAUUUUUAUGUGUUUAUUUGCAUUUGCCAAUGCAUCAGACAUGUACAUUUUAAUAAAAAGCCUGUAACUGAAAAAAUAACUGUAAUACUAUAAUCUAUUAUCAGAGUUCCCACUGGUCAUGGAAUUUCUAGAAUAUCAUAGAAUUUUGGAGAGUCUAUUUCAAACAUGGAA